ACAACAGUAAAAAUAUAGGAAAACAGAAAGACUUGGAGAGACAGGAAAAAAACUCUCAGUUCGAGAGAGAAAAGGAGAGGAACCAUUAUGUCUGCAUGUUGUAGAAUUGCACUUUCGGCUACUAGUUCCAAUUCUAAUUCAUCGGAUUACUCAUUAAUUCAUUCCUCACCUCAUCCAUAUUCCUCCAUUUCAUCAAAUACCCUUUUCUUUAAUCAAAGAAGAGGUGGAGGUGGAAGAAGAAAACUAGGGUAUCAUUUCCGAUCAUCUAAGCCCUCAAAGUUAUGGAUUAUUCAAUCAUUAGGUCAAGAAGAAAGGGGUUUCUUGCGAUCAUCAGAGGACGGAGAACCUCAGAUUAAAGACUGUUUAAAUGAUUUAGGAGAAAAUAAAAUAGGAGAAGAUUUGGAAGAGGAAAAGAAAUUUAAUAAUAAUGGUGAUUAUGAUCAUGAUCGUAAGGUUGAGGUAAUGUUAGCAGCAGCUACAGUAAUCCUUGGUGUAGGGAAUCGAGUUCUUUACAAAUUAGCUCUUGUUCCUCUGAAACAGUACCCUUUUUUCCUUGCUCAACUCGCCACAUUUGGAUAUGUUGUGGUAUAUUUCUCGGUGUUGUAUUUUCGGUAUCAUGCUGGCAUCGUUACUGAUGAGAUGCUUGCGUUGCCAAAGGCUCCAUUUGUCGGUGUUGGUAUUUUAGAGGCUCUUGCUGCAGCUUCUGGGAUGGCAGCUGCAGCUAUGCUUUCAGGGGAAUCGAUUCCUAUAUUAUCCCAAACUUUUCUUAUUUGGCAGCUUCUCCUGUCAGCCAUUUUUCUUGGUAGACGAUAUAGAGUCAACCAAAUACUAGGAUGCUUUCUUGUAGCUAUAGGUGUGAUAAUAACUGUUACAAGUGGAUCAGGUGCGGGUCUUUCCCUGAAAAAAGCUGGUCUCUUUUGGACACUUUUGAUGAUAGCAUCGUUUUUUCUACAAGCGGGUGAUACAGUUUUAAAGGAAAUAAUUUUCAAGAAUGCUACUCAGAAGUUGAAGCUUUUCUUUGUUGCAGGAGGCCAUGUGGAUCUCUUUGUUGUGAAUUCAUAUGGAUCUGCUUUCCAGGCACUCUUUAUAUCUCUCCUGCUACCUUUUCUAUCAAAGUUAUGGGGUGUACCAUUUACUCAAUUACCAAGUUAUCUAAAAGAUGGGGCAGCUUGUUUUCUGAAUAUUGGUACUUUAACUAAAGGAUGUGAUGGAGCACCGCUGCUGCCAUUACUGUUUAUCAUGGUGAACAUGGCAUUCAACAUAUCAUUGUUGCACCUCCUUAAGAUAUCCUCUGUUGUGGUCUCUUGCCUAGCGUCCACGUUUUCUGUGCCUCUAUCAGUGUAUGCAUUUACACUACCGUUACCAUAUAUUGGUGUUGCGUCCUCCUUACCAGCAGGUUUUGUGAUGGGAGCCUCCGUCCUUGUAGUGGGUUUGCUUGUGUACACACGGACACCUCCUGUCCGGUCACCAACCUCUUGUUCCACCAUUGUCACCACCACCACUACGGCUGCGACUUAGAUUUGAAUAUAAAAUCACUUUAGUGGGAGUCUGGAUUCUGAAAUGUACAGCAGGAAGCAGAAGAAGAAAAUGAAUACGAGUAACUUGUGUGUUGUAACAUUCAUUUUGGAGUUUUCUUUGAAUCUCUGUAAGUAAUAAAAGUAGAAAUAAAAAAAGAAGCAAACCUUUCCUUGUCACGAAAGAAAGGCAUUACCACUAGUGCUUAUAUUCUGAUCUAUACGUUUCUUUAAGUUUAGAAACUCUUUGAUCUCUCUUUUGCUACAUAACUUGUAACUAUCAUAUUCCUUCCCUCUCUAAAAUGAUCAUGCCAAGGGAUUUAUUAGCAACACGAAAUUGCGGUGUUUUAGUGUAUAAACUAAAGUCUGCAAUCAUAUCUCACCACAUCAUCAGAGUUUGAAACUCUCUAUCCAUUUUCCCAAUUUCCAUUUUGGAUAGAUGGGACAGUCCCUGAAGAAGUUAGCAGCCGGAAAUGGAGUUGCAAAAGAAGCAGAAAUUGGUAAAAUAGCGGCGAGAACUUAUGAAAAUAUGGCAAAAGAUGUGAAGGGAGGAGAUUGGACCAUAACUGACGUCUAUCGUGCUGUUUGCAAAACAGUGGGAAACACCACAAAGGAUCAAGUAAGCUUACACCAGAGGAAUUCAGCAAGAUGGUUAAGGAUCUAGUAUUUGAUACAGGAUUUAAAGGCUCUGGAGCAAAAGACAUCAUUCUUUACAUGUAUGGUGUUCCUAUAACAAUGUUGUUUAUUAAGAACACCAUUAUGCCAACUGCAAUUCCUAAUGAUAUGUUCAUACCGGCUGUUACUUCUGCCACUGUUUAUGCCCUUGCAAAAUUUAACAAGAUUUGAUUCUAAAAUAAUGAAAUUUUAAUAAUGUAACUUUUAUUUGAUAUGUUUAUAUGAGAAACAUAAAUAACGAUAUUGACCACGAUUAAUAAGUUUUAUGUCA